AUGGUGUUGGUGGAAUGCAGCCGUCUUAAUUUUCGUGUUAUAGCUAAAAGAACUCUACUUUAUAGAGAUGAACUUGUAGGUCCUGAUGAAUUGUUUCUAGGGACUGGCUGUCAGGCAAUUAGAGUGAGACCAGAUGAAAUUGAGUUUGACUAUCCUGUUAGUCUCUGCGGAAUUGAAACACAGAUUUUCUAUGAUAGAGUUGUCAUUCAAUCCUGGCUUACCUACACACCAAGGAAUCAAUUAAUUUCUGCUGAACUUCAUUUGAAUUGUAUGGUUCCCAGGUCUUCCUUGAGUGCAAAAAGCCUGCCCAGUAAGCUGACCUUCCGGCCACAGAGCAGACCAGAAAGUGGCCCUGUGAAGAAAGUCUGUCUCCAAAAAUUCAGUGAGACUGAACUAAAAGUGAUCGGUUCCUUCACCCAAAUUCACUACGAAAUAAUGCUUUCCUGGUUCACUGAAGAGAAUUAA